AUGGCUGCCUCAAACCCGCUCAAACGCAAGCUCUCUAGAGCCCAAUCUCUUCCCCCUCCCGAGCUCCCCCGGCUUGUGGCCGAGCAGCACGUGCCGAUCUCCAACAACGACAAGGACACCCAAAGGCUCAUCGUCGUGCUGUCCAACGCCAGCUUGGAGACUUACCGAGCAGCACACAGUGCAAAGCCUGGCUCAAAAGAGGAGAAAUUCUCACUACUGAAUAGUGAUGAGCAUAUCGGUGUUAUGCGGAAGAUGGGCAGAGACAUCAGCGAGGCUCGACCGGAUAUUACUCACCAGUGCCUCCUCACUCUACUGGACUCGCCCAUCAACAAAGCCGGCAAGCUUCAGAUCUUCAUUCACACCGCAAAAGGUGUCUUGAUCGAAGUCAGUCCCACUGUGCGUAUACCACGAACAUUCAAGCGUUUCGCUGGCUUAAUGGUCCAACUACUCCACAAACUAUCCAUUAGGUCAGUGAAUUCGCAGGAAAAACUUCUUAAGGUCAUCAAGAAUCCGAUCACAGACCAUCUGCCUCCAAAAUGCAGAAAGGUCACCCUCUCUUUUGACGCGGACGUCGUGCGAGUCCGCGACUAUGUUGAGACGCUCGACCCCAACGAAAGCAUUUGCGUCUUUGUUGGUGCCAUGGCCAAAGGUCGGGACGACUUCGCCGAUGCAUUCAAGGACGAUGCUAUUUCGAUCAGCAACUAUAGUCUGAGCGCCAGCGUGGCCUGCAGCAAGUUCUGCCACGCAGCUGAGGAUGUCUGGAACAUUCUGUAA